AUGGCGCACUCUUACCUAGCCUACACCCGCCUCAAAGCCGUCAUCUCGGCGCUGCGGUACCUUGACGGGGAGAAGCCGGCGCCGGCACAACCUGAUGAGGUCUUUACGAUCACGGGGAGAGAUGGGAAAAGGGAGAUUAAAGUCCAUGUUUAUCGCCCUGAAAGCCCAACAACGCCCACGCCGGUGCUGAUCAAUUUCAACGGCGCCGACGAGGCCUUCUGCCGGCACGUCGCGCGGCACACGUCGUUCACGGUGCUCGACGCGAGCUACGCGCUGGCGCCGGAGGAUCCCUUCCCGGCGGCGGUGGAGGACGCGCAGGACGUCGUGGCGCAUGUGCGCGCCCGUCCGGGGGAGUAUGAUGUGGGCAGGGUGGUGCUGUGCGGGUUCAGCUCGGGGGGCAAUCUGGCGCUGGCGGCGUCGCAGGGUGCGGCCGGGGCCGGGGGGGAGGUGAGGGGCGUGGUGGCGUUUUACCCGCCGACGGAGAUGCGCACGCACCCGGCGGAGAAGAGGAUGCUUGCCGGGCGGGCGGGGGCAGUACCGGGCGUGAGGAGCGCGGUGAUGGGGAUGUUGAGGGAGGCGUAUCUGAGCGGCGGGGAGGCGGAGGCGGGGGAUGCGAGGGUUAGUGUUGAUCGGGCGCCGGAGGGGGCGUUUCCGGAGGAUGUGGUUGUUAUCACGGCGGAGGGAGAUCGGCUUGCGGCUGAGGGGGAGAGGUUUGCGGCGGGGAUUGGAGGGGGAGGGAGGAGGGUUGUUUUGAAGAGGUGCGAAGGGGUUGGGCAUGGGUUUGAUAAGAUGGAGGGGGAGGAGGAGGGGAGGGCGAGGGAGGAGGCGUAUGGGGUUGUUGUUGAGUUUCUGAGGGGGGUGGUUGGGGAGGGAGGGGGAGGGUGUUGA